CAGUUGAUGUUGCACAGUUAUAUUCUGGCGGUUUUGACUCGGUGAACUGUUUCCCUGGUACCUUUUUCUAACCUUGUAAAACGGUCAGCAGUAAUCCGUUUGGCGGUGUCGCCGCCGCGUGCUGGAGCUCACUUGAGCUUUCGGAGGCCGUAAUGUUCCUGUUACCGGACACAGCAGGGAGUGUCACGGGCGCAGAGCGCGUGAGACGCUGCAGAGGAGAGGUCCUGGCACGCGAGAGGCUCCUUUCAGCGGCUGAAUCGACAGAUCCGCGCGGAUCGCUGCGGAACAUGUACGUAAGUGUCCAGUGGUGAAGAAAAAACCGGCCGAGCUCGGGAGAGAGAAAGAGCGGAAACGCUUCUUCACGGUUCGCGAGCAUUUUGGAAUUCCAGGAACAGAGGGCUGACGUUCCGGAAAGGAGGGAUAUUUUGUGGGAUAUUUUUUUUCCUUGCUGCUUCCUGCCUGGGCUGCGCUCAUGCAGAGGCCACGCCCACGAGAGAGACUCCACCCUCAUGACAGAUCUCUCCUGUUAACGUGGCUCUGCCGUCUGAUUGGUUCAGCCCUAUUGUCUUCCGCUGUGUCUUGUGGACCUUCUUUGUCCUCUUCUGUCCUCUCUUGUCCAGCUGCCAUCAUGCGGGACUUCCAGAAGUUUCUUCUCAUUUGCUCUGUGGCGUCUCUGGUGCUUCCGCGAGCCACAGCCCUCAGCCUGACCCCGGGGCAGCAGACUCUGCCCCCUGACCCCUGCUAUGAUGACGCGGGCACCGCCCGGCGCUGCAUCCCAGAGUUUGUGAAUGCGGCAUUCGGACAGGAAGUGACGGCGUCGAGCGUGUGCGGGCGUCCGCCAUCCCGUCACUGUCAUGCUGUGGUGGAGGGGGAACAGCGCCCCCCGGUGCACACCUGUCAUGUGUGCAAUGCCUCCCACCCCCGCUUGGCUCACCCCGCCUCCUACCUGACAGAUCUGCACUCCGCCCACAACUUGACAUGCUGGCAGUCGGAGAUCCUGCAGGGGGCGCUGCACAACGUCUCGCUCACGUUGUCCCUGGGGAAGAAGUUCGAGAUCACGUACGUGAGCUUGCAGUUCUGCUCGGCGCGGCCCGACUCGCUGGCCAUCUACAAGAGCAUGGACUACGGGUGGAGCUGGACGCCACUCCACUUCUACUCCUCCCAGUGCCGCCGUGUCUACAACCGGCCCAACCGUGCCCUGGUCACCAAGCAGAACGAGCAGGAGGCGCUGUGCACGGAUGGACCCCCCGACUCCGCCCCCGCCAGCCGCAUCGUAGCCUUCAGCACGCUGGACGGACGGCCGUCCGGCCGGGACCUGGACUCCAGCCCUGUGCUGCAGGACUGGGUCACCGUCACCGACGUGCGCGUGGUGCUCAGCCGGCCGCAGCUCACCCUGUCUGGGAGGGAGGGGCAGGAGGCCACAGGCUCCGCCCCUCUCGUGCCCACCUACUAUUACGCCGUGUCUGACUUUCAAGUCGGCGGCAGGUGUAAGUGUAAUGGCCACGCCUCCAGGUGUGUGAGGGAGAAGGACAACAGACUGAUGUGUGACUGCAAGCACAACACAGAAGGGGCGGAGUGUGACCGCUGUAAACCCUUCCACUGUGAUCGCCCGUGGCAACGAGCCAGCGCCCGCGAGGCCAAUGAAUGCCUGCCGUGUAACUGUAAUCUGCAUGCACGGAGGUGUAGGUUUAACAUGGAGCUGUAUAAGCUGUCCGGGCGUAAGAGUGGAGGUGUGUGUAUGAACUGCAGACACAACACAGCUGGUCGACACUGUCACUACUGCAAAGAAGGAUACUACAGGGACAUGGGCCGGACCAUCACUCACCGCAAAGCCUGUAAAGCGUGUGACUGCCACCCGGUGGGUGCGGCUGGUAAGACGUGUAACCAGACUACAGGCCAAUGUCCGUGUAAGGACGGAGUGACCGGCAUCACCUGCAACCGCUGCGCUAAGGGUUACCAGCAGAGCCGCUCCCCCAUCGCUCCCUGCAUCAAGAUUCCUGUUAUUAACCCCACUGCAUUAGUGAGCAGUACAGAAGGACCUGCAGAUUGUGAGUCCUACUGUAAACCAGCCAAAGGCAACCUGAAGAUCAACAUGAAAAAAUACUGCAAGAAAGAUUAUGCUGUCCUCGUCAGUGUCCUGGACAUGGAGACUGCUGGUGACUGGGCGAGGUUCUCCGUCACGCUGGUGUCGGUGUAUAAGAGCCGAGAGGCUCUGCGCAGGGGGGAGAGCGUCCUGUGGGUGCACAUGAAGGACCUGGCCUGCAAAUGUCCACGCAUACAUAUGGGCAAGCGCUUCCUCAUCCUGGGAUCCAGCGAGGGUGGGGUCAGCCCUGAGAGAGUGGGGCUACGGGCAGAUAAGACCAGCCUGGUCAUCGAGUGGCGAGACAUCUGGACUCGACGCCUGCGCAAGUUCCAGCGCAAAGAGAAGAAGGGAAAGUGUAGCAAUGCAUGAUGGGACAGCAGAGAACCCUGACACCUGACCUUUGAACCACACGUGUGCACACAUGUGAGGCUGGGACAUGUGUGUGUGUGUCUGUGUCUGUGUGUGUGUGCAUGCAUGUGUGUGUGCGUGUGUGUGUGUAUGGACUGUUGUUCAACCUUUUUGAAGCGACCAUUAAAAAGACCAAGACUGAUGCUGAAGCCACUAGUAUUUAUACACACACACACACACACACACACACACACACACACACAUUCUCACACAGCCACACAUACACAACCAUGCAACUACACACCAUUACCACCAUCUUCAUCAUCAUCACCAUCUUCAUCAUCAUCACUAUCUUCUGUACUGUGGUACAAAACUGUAAAGCUCUGUGUGUGUUUGAGAUAAGAGUCAGUUGGCCAAUUAGGAAUCCUAAGAUUUAAGAUUUACAUUUACAUUUACAGCAUUUAGCAGACGCUCUUAUCCAGAGUGGCUUACAAAAGUUCUUUGUCAU